CCAGUCUCCCCAGCUUAUAUGAUACCAGAAGACGUGUUAAGCCAACAUAGCAGAUUCCUUCAGCCUUAAAAAAAAUUUAAAAUAAUGCAUUCUUCGAUGUUUUUGAAAAAAAAAUUACUGUGCAAACAAAUUAUAUCGGCAGACAAAGAUUGGUACCUGGGCCGAUGGUAUAAUUACCUGGGCCAGGACCAAAAUAGUAUGGUGAGAACCUCCGUCCCUCCCUACUUCAAAAUGUCCGCCAGUUUCAUUCAAAGAUUAAAAGCCCUGUAAUCAUCUGUGAAUAAAUUCACCUCUGGUGCAAAAUCUAAAUGCCCAAGCCCAAUAGCUUCCUCCUUAUACAGUUUUCUGGUUCAAGCCAGAAUCCAUAAUCCCAACAGUCACACCUCUGCGCUUCAAUUUUGCGAAACGGCCACAAGAUGCAGGCAAAGGAAGCAGAAUCCGAAUCAAUUGACGAAGAGCGGCAAUCAAAAGGGUCUCUGCGAGUAGAAGCCAUUCCUUCGGGCUUCGAAGCUUCAAGACGACGCAAACGCCGUUGGCGGAUCUGCAGAUGCUGUCUCUCCUGCGGUGCUGUCUUAAUUCUCCUCGCCAUAAUCAUGAUCGUCCUGGCCCUAACGGUGUUCAAGGCCAAGGAUCCCGUGAUAACCCUAAAUUCCGUCACAAUUGAUGACCUUAACGCAAAUUUUGAUUUGCCCACUUUGACGGUGCACAUUAACUUGACGCUCACUGCGGACACAUCGAUCAAGAACACCAACAAGGCGGCUAGUUUCAAGCAUGGCAACAGCACAACCUUGAUCCUGUAUCGCGGCAAGACGGUGGGGCAGGCCCUCAUACCCCCAGGCACACUCAAGGCCGACAGGACCGCCAGAAUGAAUGUUUCUGUGACGGUCUUUGUUGACGCCGUUCUGUCAAGUGCUUCUGAAUUUAUCAGAGAUGGGAUUUCAGGGAGCCUCAAUAUGACCACCAGGACUGAGAUCUCUGGGAGGGCUAAUGUUCUGCAUCUUAUAAAGAAGCAUGUGACUGUGAUUGCUUUAUGUGAUAUUACUGUUGAUGUGUCUUCAAGGAGUUCUGAGGUGCUGCAGUGUAAAAAGAGCUACAAGCUAUGACAGUACUUGUGCUUUAGGAGGGAAGAUUCAUUCAAUUUACUUCCCAACAACAGGCCGGUUUCUGUUAGGAUUUGUUUUGAUCCAACUGGCCGAUUUCCUUAUACUGUCAUUUGCACCCAACAAGCUGAAGCUGCUUACAGUAUUUUACCCAAUUUUAAUACAUUUUUACUCAAAAUUUGAUGAUCAUUCUUGUGUAAUAUUAAUUGUAAAUUUGCAGUAAUCAAGAGGUAAUAUUCAUUGUAA